UAUAGAAAAAACAAGCGAGGAAAUUUGUGAAAUUUUGGUUAAUACACAUUUAAAUCCAGAUGAAGAUCUUAUCAAAAUUAUGGAUGAUGAUAACGAUAUUAAUACAGAAGUAAAUUCAUUUGGUGAGAAAAGUGAUUUAAUAAUUGGUAAUACCUUGAAUUUAGAUGCAGAUGUAUUCAUUAAUAAUUUAGACAAAAUUAUUGAGAAUAGUUUGGAAGAGAAUUUGGAGGGAGAACGAAAUAUUCAAAAUGUAGUUGAAAAAGAAAAUGACACUAAUAUAGAAUGA